CAUGACGACCUCAGGAAAAGAAAAUUUCCGGCUGAAGAGCUACAAGAACAAAUCUCUAAACCCUGAUGAGAUGCGUCGUAGGCGGGAAGAAGAGGGUCUUCAGCUCCGGAAGCAAAAGAGAGAGGAACAGUUGUUUAAACGCCGAAAUGUUGCAACAGCCGAGGAAGAAGCGGAGGAGGAAGUCAUGUCAGAUGGUGGCUUCCAUGAGGCUCAGAUGAACAACAUGGAGAUGACUUCUAGUGCAGUCAUCACCUCUGAUAUGAUUGAGAUGAUUUUCUCCAAUAGUCCAGAACAGCAGCUUUCAGCCACGCAGAAGUUCAGAAAACUUCUUUCUAAAGAACCAAAUCCCCCAAUAGAUGAAGUCAUAAGCACACCAGGAGUGGUGGCCAGGUUUGUGGAGUUCCUCAAACGAAAAGAAAACUGUACAUUACAGUUCGAAGCUGCGUGGGUACUGACGAAUAUUGCCUCUGGAAAUUCCCUUCAGACUCGAAUAGUGAUCCAAGCAGGAGCUGUCCCCAUCUUCAUAGAGCUGCUUAGUUCAGAGUUUGAAGAUGUGCAGGAACAGGCAGUAUGGGCUCUUGGCAACAUUGCUGGUGACAGCACUAUGUGCAGAGAUUAUGUAUUGGACUGUAAUAUCCUGCCCCCCUUAUUGCAAUUGCUUUCAAAACAGAACCGUCUCACUAUGACCCGAAAUGCUGUAUGGGCUCUAUCCAACCUCUGCAGAGGAAAAAAUCCUCCUCCAGAUUUUGCCAAGGUUUCACCUUGUCUUAGUGUGCUUUCCUGGCUGCUCUUUGUCAACGAUACAGAUGUAUUAGCCGAUGCCUGCUGGGCUUUGUCCUAUUUGUCUGAUGGCCCCAAUGAUAAAAUCCAGGCUGUGAUUGAUGCAGGAGUCUGCAGAAGACUUGUGGAAUUGCUGAUCCACAACGACUACAAAGUUGUAUCUCCUGCCUUACGAGCUGUUGGGAACAUCGUCACGGGAGAUGAUAUCCAGACCCAGGUAAUUCUGAACUGUUCAGCCCUGCAUAGUUUACUGCACUUGCUAAGCAGCCCAAAAGAAUCUAUCAAAAAGGAAGCAUGCUGGACAAUAUCUAAUAUAACAGCUGGAAACAGAGCCCAGAUCCAGACAGUCAUAGAUGCCCAUAUCUUUCCAGCUCUUAUAAAUAUUUUGCAAACGGCUGAGUUUCGGACAAGGAAGGAAGCUGCUUGGGCAAUCACAAAUGCAACAUCUGGAGGCUCUGCUGAACAGAUCAA